GUCUGAGGGUUAUACUUUGAGCUUCCCCCAUCCUGCAAGGCCACUCAACCAUGUGCUAGCUAGAGUAAUCUUUAUUCACAAUGUCUUUACAAAGGCUCCUGCAGCAGAGUAGCAAUGGCAAUUUUGUGGAGUACUGUGCUGGGCAAGCCUGUAGCUCUUACUCCACACUCACAGGCAGCUUUCCCAUGGAUGAUAAUAGAAGGCUUCAAAUGCUGGCAGACACUGUGGCUACUUUACCUCGAGGAAGAAAGCAGCUUGCUCUGACGAGAUCAAGUUCUUUGGGUGACUUUUCCUGGUCUCAAAGGAAGCUUGUUACUGUGGAAAAGCAAGAUAAUGGAACAUUUGGAUUUGAAAUUCAGACUUACAGGCUCCAGAACCAGAACACUUGCUCCUCAGAGAUGUGCACUCUGAUCUGCAAAAUCCAGGAGGAUAGCCCAGCUCAGUGUGCUGGCCUGCAAGCUGGUGAUGUCCUUGCAAAUAUCAAUGGUGUGAGCACGGAAGGCUUUACCCACAAACAAGUUGUUGACCUGAUCAGAUCAUCAGGAAACCUGCUAACGAUAGAGACUCUUAAUGGAACAAUGAUUCUCAAAAGAACAGAGCUUGAGGCAAAACUGCAAGUUUUAAAGCAAACCUUGAAGAAAAAAUGGGUGGAGUUCAGAUCUCUACAGUUACAGGAACAGCGCCUGCUUCAUGGUGAUGCGGCUAACUGCCCAAGUUUGGAAAACAUGGACAUAGACGAAUCAACUUUGUUUGGAACCCUGCCUGGUCCAGCCCUCAUGGACCGGAAUCGAUUAUCCAGUGAAAGCAGCUGUAAGAGCUGGCUGAGCUCCAUGACCAUAGACAGUGAGGAUGGCUACCAGACAUGUGUGUCUGAGGACUCAAGCAAGGAAGCCUUCAGCCGGCAAACAAGCACAGAUGAUGAGUGCUUUAUCCCCAAGGAGGGGGAGGAUUUUCUGAAGAGGUCUUCUUCAAGGAGGAACCGGAGUAUUAGCUCUGCCAGCAGUGGGUCCAUGUCUCCCUUGUGGGAAGGCAACUUCUCAAGCAUGUUUGGGACCCUGCCCAGGAAAAGCAGAAGGGGAAGUGUCCGGAAACAACUCUUGAAAUUUAUCCCUGGCCUUCACCGCGCUGUGGAAGAGGAAGAGAGUCGCUUUUAACGGGUCCUAGUGCCCUUUUAUAUUAGCUUAUUUCGUAACAGUCUUUAGAUUCAUUUAGAUCAGCUCCACCCAGUUUAGUGGGAAAGUGCACACAGAUUGCAAAACUGACAUCCCAUUUUAUGGCAAUAAUGACCUUUAUUUAAAUUUUCAUGACAUUAUUUUUUCUUCUUCAAUUUUUUUUUUUUAACCAGCACAGCUUAAGUUCUAAGCAGAUAGUUGGGAAAUUAAGUAAUAAGUUAGGAAAUAUAAUAAAUGAAUACAAAUGCCUGCUCCUGUUAAUGCUGCUUGUGAAAGCAAAAGAGAUAUUUAUUUUCCAGAUUAUUCAUGGUAAAAGUUGAGAACUUUUUUGGAGUCAAGUGUGAAUAAAAAAGUGACAGAAUAUAAUUAUGUGAAACACCUUCUGUAGGUUAAUUGGUAAGUUAUAAAAUUUUAUAGUUGCUUAAGCUCAGUAGCCUUUGGGGAAUCCUAUUAAUAGGCAAUUUUGAAUGUUUCUGUUCAAUUCUAUGAAAGAUUAUAAACGAAGGUGAUCAUCAGCCUUUUUUUUUUUACAUCUACAGUGACAAUAAAUCAAGCAGGAAGUAUAAGAUUUAAUAUGAGAGUUUAAAUUUUAUGAGAUCCAUGGAAAGAUGUUAUCUAAGGUGGGUGCUGAGGUAUAUUAUAAUAAUGUCUUUCUUAUAGUCAGCCUAAACAAAAUGAGUGGAGAUGUCAUUCUUAACCUGAUUCAACUUUUGUUCUGCCUAAGCAUUGAUGAUAAGUCUAGAACUCUCAAGAUACUAUAGCCUUGUGAUUAUUUUUGAAUAAAUGUUUAAAAUUUUAAAAAUUAGAGUCAGGAAAAGGAUUUUCCUCUAGUAGAUUUUUUUUUCACUUUACUCUUCACUUUAUAUUUCAUAUCCCAAAGAGUGAUUGCCUCAGCACUCUUUUUCUAUGAUACUAACAUAUCAUAUUACUUCCAGCCUUGUAAUAAUAUUUUUACUCCAUACCCAUUAAAGUCCAUGAUUUCUCUGUUCUAGUGAUACAGCUGCUCAUUAUCUAUACUCUAGAACAGAUAAUCUGGACACUGUAAUAAAUAGUUCUUUCUGAUUUUAUAUUCUGAGUGUGUCUAUCAAAUAGAGACAUUUGACCGUUGAGUUUGAGUGUAACUGUUACACUUAAAUAAACUGAGUAAAGAAUGAGUCAUAUUUGAGUGAAAAAAAAAAAAGUGAGGAUGAGGAAGCCUGUAGGGUAAGAAAUAAGUAACAAAAAAAAAAAAUAGAAAAACGUUUCCAGUUGGGACUUGCUUUCUAUUAAUUCUUUGAACUCAGAGAUAUCCAGUGGCCUCUAUUUGAGAAUUAUUCAUGUGAAAAGUAAGGUUUUCACAGGAACAAUAGCAGUUGUGUCUAUCACUUACUCAAUAGAAAGCAGGUUAAAAAUGCUUUCCACUUGAUCCCAGAGAUAACCCCAUAGAGAGAUAAUAGACAUGCAAAUAAGGAAGCAGAAAUUCAGAGAAGUCCCUUGGUCAGGUGCAGGGCUGAUAUCAGAGUCAGUUCUUCCCAGCACUAACUUAUCCUCUAAGUUUCUCUAGAUAUCAUACACUUUAGCUGGUUCUAUGUAGUUAUCAUCACAGUACUACCCCCUGCCCCACCCUUAAGAAUAUUUAAGACAUAUGAUUGUAGAUAUUGAAUGAAUAAGGAUAUUGUAAACAGGAAAAAAAUUUCUACUUAGUAAAUAGGAAAACAAAUAUACAUUAAGGGUGGACUUUUUCUCCUGGCCUCUACAUGCAAGUUUUCAGAUAUAAGCACAUUAAUAACUGCAUGGUUAGCAACACAUACGUUUUCAACAAGGGCUUGCAUAACAAUUGUAAAUCAGUAUUGACUGAUACUGCUUAUUUUUCAUUAUAGACUAGAAUUAUCAUGUUAAAUAUUGGUUUACAUGAAUGUAGCAUUUGCUGUUAAUCCUGUUUUGACAAGUCUGGGGGGAAAUAAAUAUCACAUUUUUUUGAGGACUUCUACAAUGUGAACAAUGUUUCAAGAACUACCACAGUUCGGAAACGUAGACAAAAUGUCGUUUGCUUCUCUAUGGUUUUAAGUGUUAAGUAUACUGUAAUGCUUCUUUCUUACAGUAAACAUCAAACCCCAAAUGGUACUGGGAAGAAGUGCAGCAUGUUUCAUUGUAGUCUGUGAUAAGAAGAAUUAGAGUCAAGACUUAGAUAUAUUCUGGAAAAAAAGUUAAGCACUUUUUAACCAAAGUGCAGGAAGGAAGAGUGUUGUCAUGUUUUGUGUGUUCACAUGUUGUAAGAAAACUGUUUAGUGGAAAUGUGGGUAAAUUUCUCACAGCACAGCUUUUCACAGACUGAAUGUGACCUCAGUGGGGCUCUAGAAGAUUUCAUUCUCUAAUCUUCUGGCACAAUGACCACAAUGACUCACUUUGAUGUAAUUUACUUGGAACAGAAAAGCAAAGAGUUGUUUUUUUUUUUUUUUAACCCUAAAGUUGUCAAAUACGUAAUACUGGUGAAUUUUAUUAUUGACAAUUUGUCAUGAACAUGCAUUUUUCUCAUACAGCAUUGAUUAAUAAGCCAAAUUUGAAUCCUGGGUAUAUUGGGAAUUAUUCUGACAUGAGAUUAAAGGAAUGCCACUGUCUCAGACAGGUUGGAACUAUAUAUUUUGAAAUGAACUUUUAUUUACCACUUUCUACUUUGCAAUACUUUUAUAUCUUAGUUGCAUGAUACAAACAGUAUUAAAAAAUCCUAGUUUGAACUAAAAAUCAAACUUGGACACAAUUUGUGUAUACUAGUCAUAAAGGAUAAAUAUUUAUGGAUAUGUACAAUCUAAGUACAGUAAAUAGUACAUAACAACCAUACCAAAUCCUUCAGGUCACAGAAUUAUUGGUGAUUUAUAUCCAUUUCCUUACAGAACUCUGGGCCAUGCAAUAAAAAUUUGAUGCCUUUCGGAAAUAAAGAAUGCUAUUCUUCAGUGUCAAAA